GUUAGCAUUUGACAGAUCUAGUUUUUCUCUUAAUAUGGGAGGUGGAAAUAGGGUUAAACUAAGACGUGGUUUUUCCCCUUCUGCAAAGCCAAGUCAGGAUGAGCUGCAUCAGCAGAAAGAGGAAGCCAUGGAUGAUUACUGUUCUCAGGUGCCAGUUGGCCAUCUAGUUUUUAUGGUUCAUGGUAUUGGACAGAGGUUGGAGAAUGCUAAUGUGGUUGAUGAUGUUGCUGAUUUCGGUCGUAUAACAGCAAGCCUAGCUGAUAGACACUUAACUGCAUACCAGAGAAGCACCCAGAGGGUUCUAUUUGUUCCUUGCCAGUGGAGAAGGGGCUUGGAGCUUAGUAGUGAGACUAUAAUUGAAAAAAUCACCUUGGAUGGUGUUCGAGGUCUACGUGCAACAUUGAGUGCCACUGUUCAUGAUGUUCUAUACUACAUGAGUCCUAUCUAUUGUCAAAAUAUAAUUGACUCAGUCUCCAACCAGUUAAAUAGAUUGUAUGCAAAGUUUCUCAAGAGAAACCCAGGCUAUGAUGGGAAGAUUUCAAUAUUUGGCCAUUCAUUAGGAAGUGUUCUAUCUUAUGACAUCCUUUGCUAUCAAGACUCUUCUGCAACACUUCCUGUGGAGGCUGCCUUCGUGGAUGACUUCUGCAUCCCAAAGCAAGAAUCUUCAAGGCCAGCAACACAUGUAUCUGUAAAAGGCAGUUCCAUGUCAAAUCCAUAUACCAAAGUCAAUGAGGAAAAAACACCAGAUGUUUCUUGCGUUGAAGAUUGUGGUGUUACUAGAGGCCAGCAAGAGGAUUUCUUAUGCAAUGAUGGCAUCCAAGAAUCAGAUGAUUCAGCUAAAUUAUUUAGUAAAAAGCAACACACAAACUUUGAACGAGUCAAUGAGGUAAAUAAGAAUGUUGCAGAAACAAUAUAUGCAGAAGAUAGAGAUUCUGAUGCAAAUCCAGGCAUAAGUAGGGAUUUUCAUGGUACUGAAGUCCGAGAUGCUGGGCAUCCAUCUGAAGAUUUAAUUGACAAAGGCAAAUUAGUGUCCAUGUUGAUGGAAGAGGUGAAGUCCCUCAGAGCAAAAGUUGCAGAACUAGAGAAAAAUCAUCACUCAGCUUCCUGUUCCAGUAACUUUGACAAUGGUAGUUUCCUUGAAGUUUAUCAUGGAAAAAGUCAAAUGGUCAAAUCUAUGACAAGUUCAUCUUCUUUUGGAAGGUUAUCUUCAGUGCUAGAUGAUAGUAAAAAGCAAUAUACACCUUAUAUCAAAUAUACUAGGCUUAAUUUUAAGGUAGAUACAUUUUUUGCUGUUGGAUCACCACUGGGUGUCUUUCUUGCCCUCCGAAAUGUCCGCAUAGGAGUUGGCAGGGGGCAAGCUUAUUGGGAAGAUGAAAAAAUAUCUGAAGAGAUGCCAUCUUGCAGGCAGAUGUUUAACAUUUUUCAUCCUUUUGAUCCUGUUGCAUACAGAGUAGAACCGCUUAUCUGCAAGGAGUACUUAAACAAGAGACCUGUUCUUAUUCCCUACCACAGGGGCGGGAGGAGGUUGCAUAUUGGAUUUCAGGAAUUCACUGAAGAUAUAGCUGCACGCUCCGAAAGCAUAAUGAGUCAGCUAAAUUCUUUGAGGGUCAAAGUGGCUAGCACUUUUCAAAGACAAAACAAGGAUAAAGCUAAAGAAACUGUGGAAGAUGAGAAAAGAGAAAGAUCAUAUGGUUCCUUCAUGAUUGAACGGUUGACAGGCUGUGAAUAUGGUCGAAUCGACUUUGUUCUCCAGGAAGGAACAUUUCAUCAUCCUUAUCUAUCAGCCAUAGGAUCACAUACUAACUACUGGCGUGAUAAUGACACAGCACUUUUCGUUCUCACCCACCUGUAUCGUGGUAUACCUGAAGAACCACCAACCGAUGAUCAAAAAAGGUCGUAGAUCCAGUCCAGGAGCUCAAAGAAAGCAUGCAAAAGUUCUCUAUGAAAUGUUAUAUGAGGAGACCCCAUCAACACACCCUGACAUUUCAUUCGUUGGUAGUUCUCUAUGAAGGCGAAGGAAUGCAACUAUUUUUUUUUUUUUUUCAUUUCUCUGCAGAUCGGAGUGGCACAUCGACCAACACAAAACAUGUCAUGUGUGUCAGUUGAUUCAUGCUAGAUACACGUAUGCAUAGCAAUGUGUACAGCGUGGUAUUGCAACUUUUUUUCUUUUGAACUAGUGGUGUUACUUGGAAACUGAAAUUUUAGUCAGGAAUUCUGGUUGCUUCA